UGGAAUCCUCCGAGAGACCAAAAGAAGGAGAACAAAAGGGGGAGACAUUCCUCUCCUUUCCUCUCUUUUCCCGUCGAUGGGCGCCUCGGAUCUCCGCCUUUUGGUGCUCAUUUGCUCGUGGGCUCUGAUGGCGGGCUCCUCCGCGUGCCAGGGGCCGCCGGGGCUCAGCUCCGUCGUCGCCAGCUACAAGGGUGGCGAGACCUGGCUGAGGCACUACGACUGGACUUACUUGAGAGUUGAGCUGCCACCUUGGUUCUCUUCCAUGGCCAUGACUUUUUCAUCAGACGUGGGCAUUGAUGAGGAACAAUUGAAACUACUUCCAAAGAGUACACUUCCUCUGAUAUGUUUCAAAGAGGGAAGUCCACCAAUUCCAGAUAUAUCAGAUUCAAAGAUUCUCUUGAAUGGAUCUUUUGGUGGUGCACAGAAUCUCUCCAAUGUGGAGCAAUGCAUUCCAUUCCAGAAAAACCUUACAGCUAUACUGACAAAUGAACAGAUAUCUCCAGGGAUAUGGUACAUCGGAUUCUUCAAUGGCCUGGGACCUGAUCGUACACAAUCAAAAAUGAUUAGUGGAGGCAACACAUAUGUGUUCAGCACCAGCAUAAUUGUGGAAGGAUGUGCCGCCUCAACAUUUUGGGGCCCUUACUGCAAUCAGACAGUUAAUAUGAUUUCUUGUUCUCAAUCUUUAACAGACAAGCUUUCAAGGAGUCUUUUAGAUUUAACAGUGUACAAGAGCAGCAGUUUGAAUCAUAUGGUGAGGACUGGAGCCCAUAGGAAAGCUGGUUAUCAUUUGCUGUUAGAACGAUAUGCUAUCGAAGAGAAACAAGUGGUGUCCAAUACCAGUGUGCUCACAACAGCAGAAAAUUUGAUCACAUGCAACAAUCCUAUCGAAUCAUCCUGUCUCUAUCAGGAAGAGUUAAAAUUCUACUUCUUGGAUAUAUUGGGUAUAGCAUCCCAGUUUAAAAUUACAAUUACUGAUUUCAGACUAAAUCAAACAUCUUCCAUGAAUAACCCAUCAAACUCUAGCAGAAUACUUCUAAUGUGCUAUGUUCGCUUCAAUGCAAUGCCACUUAGGACUUUACACGAUCAUUCUGCUGAUAUAAGCAGGGCUCCUUUAAUUGUAAAGUCGCCAAAAAUUGGGCGCUGGUUCAUUGCCAUUGAGGCUGUUAAGCAGACAGAAGUGAAUGGAGUGAUACAGGAAACAUACUCAGAGGCCGGUCUGUGUUUCUCUUUUCAGUGGCAAGUGUAUGAGUGCCUUGGUGGAAAGGCUGGACUCAACUGUACAUGGGAGACAUAUGUCCUUCAGAGAGUUCCGAAAAGAAGUUCAGGCUCUCUUUUUGAAUCAUAUUAUCUACCUAUUGUUGAAUAUGGGUCCACAGAGUACAGUGAUUUCUACCUGGAUCACCUUUUGAGCAACUCUUCUGUUGAGCAGUAUGGAUGGACUUACUUCUUCCUAGAUAUUCCUCAUGGUGCGGCUGGAGCUAAUAUGCAUAUUCUGUUGACAUCAGAUACCAAAGUCAAUUAUGAAAUAUACUCCAGAUUUGGUGGCUUACCAUCUGCUGAUAGCUGGGAUUACCAUGCAAACAGCACAAGCAAUAGCAGCAGUUCCACUUUUUUGUCAUUGAAUGAUUUGAGUGGUAAAAGAAUUGAAUUUUAUAUUUUGUAUCCCAGGGAAGGAACCUGGUGUAUUGGACUGAAGCAUCCUCUUGACAAUAAUUACAAACAUCAGACAGCCAUGUCCAUUUCUCUUGAUGCAUGCCCCGGUCAUUGUAAUCAAAAUGGGGCAUGUCGCACUUUGAUGGAUGAAAGUGGAUUGACAUUUUACAGCUACUGCACCUGUGAUCGUGAUCAUGGAGGAUUUGAUUGCAGCAAUGAACUUGUUACACGGAAAGGGCACAUGUGGCAGUCAAUCUUUCUAGUUGCUUCAAAUGCAGCAGCUAUCUUACCCUCAUUUUGGGCCCUCCGACAAAAGGCAUAUGCUGAAUGGGUCCUCUUCAGUUCAAGUGGAAUUUCAAGUGGUUUAUAUCAUGCCUGUGAUGUAGGCAGUUGGUGCGUCCUGUCCUUCCAUGUACUACAGUUUCUAGACUUUUGGCUUUCUUUCAUGGCUGUUGUGAGCACUUUCAUAUAUAUGGCUACCAUUGAUGAGGCUUCAAAAAGAGCCAUCCACACUAGUGCAUUCAUUCUCACUGCUCUGUUAGCUGUGAUGCAUGCGACCUGGUCAGCAAAUAUUUUCAUUGUUAUAGCAAUAGGAAUUCUUGGUCUACUUUUUGGAUGGGGUUUAGAGUUUUCGACGGCAUGCAGACCCAUAUACUGUCCACCAAGAUUUGAUUUAAAUUUGCCUGAAAGAUGGCAAAAUAUUAAAAGUUGGUUCUGGAAUCUUAUGAAAAAACUGCAAAAAAGAUAUCAUUGGCGAUUUGUAUUAUUGGGUUUUGUUGCAUUAGCUUUGGCAGCAACAAGCUGGAAAAUGGAGGCUUAUCAAACUUACUGGAUAUGGCAUAGCAUAUGGCAUAUUGCCAUGUACACAUCUUCCUUCUUCUUCUUGUGUUCAACUUGUGUGAAGAGAAGCAAUGAGCAGCAAGAGCCUGAAUAUCAGCUAACACGGCAGGACUCGUCAUCAAGAGCAUAGCAAACAGAAAACAGAGAACUAGAUGAGGAAAUUUACAAGAGAGCUGGUAGUCUUGUCCAUUUACAGUAAUUUAUAGUGUCAAGCAAGGUGUGAGAGAUAUUGGUGGAGCCAAAUUUAUUUGUUUGCAAACUCGUCAGCAGUCCAGCUUCUGAAGAAAUUGGCACCCCAGACAUUAUCCAGAUUUUCUGAUGAUGAGACAAGACCAAGUGUAAAAGGAACCCAGCUGAUCAGAUUUAUCCCAUCUAACGCUAUGACAUACAGCAAUUGUACGUUUAGGGUACCAAGGGAAAAAUUCGGGAUUAGGGUUUAAUUUUUUCAAUGCAUGGUUUAUGUAAAGGGGGCAAUCUGAGUGAAAUUGUGAGGAUUGCUUGCCCUAACUUACUAGUUUUAGUGAUAGUGGAAAUAGGUCAAAAAGGGAAGUAUUCUUUGUCAUUCCUAUAAAAUUUGCAGCCAGUAAUCAGAUUGAUAUAAAGAUCAUAAGUUCCAGGAUAAUGUUAGAUGGGGUUGUAAAUGUAGGAAUUUGUUCAUAGUUAUUUGAAAUGAUUGAAUUCAAACUAUUUUUAUAUGCUCAUAUCUCCUCGUCAUGCUAGAUUCGAUGAUGGUUCCUCUUUCAAACCACAUCAGCUUUGUACAUUGUAUUACAGCAAUCUUGAUUAUAUACCUACUCAUGUACAAUACA